GUGGAACCCGUCCCAUCUGACAUCUGCUGUUGUAGUCAGUGGCCGGAUCAUGACAUUUUAACUCUUUGCCCCAACCCUAUUUCGUCAUUUAUAGAGCAGUUUAGUGUACGAUGUUAGAUCUGAUCAAUUAUUUUUACAUAAUUUCUAAACUUAUUCGUGUAUAAUAUUAAAAGUGAAUUCAUUAUAAUCGACAUGGCAGACACAGCAUUUACGAGAAACGAAGUAGUAGGUCUAGUGAUUAGGUUAACUUUGGUUUCUGCUGUAACAUUUUUAAGCAUAAAAUGGAUCAUGAAUCAGGUGGAUCCCACAAACAAGAACAAGAAGAAGGCCAGGAAGAGAGCAGAGGAACAGCUCAAAAGGCUAGCCCAUUCUGAUUCGAUAGCUGUAGACAAAUUAAACGAUUAUGAAAUGAUGAUCGCUGCCCAUCUAAUUCACCCGCAGGACAUUAAAAUUACGUGGGAGGAUAUUGCUGGACUAGAGAGCUUGAUUCAGGAAUUAAAAGAAACCGUUAUCUUGCCGAUUCAAAGAAAGGAACUGUUUGCGGAUUCGCAACUAACAACUGCUCCAAAAGGUGUACUGUUACAUGGCCCCCCUGGCUGCGGGAAGACCCUGAUAGCAAAAGCGACCGCUCGAGAAGCAGGAACUCGCUUCAUAAACCUAGACCUCUCCAUCUUAACGGACAAAUGGUACGGGGAGAGCCAGAAAUUAGCCGCCGCGGUGUUCACGUUGGCCGUUAAGAUUCAACCUUGCAUAAUAUUCAUCGACGAAAUCGACUCGUUCCUACGGUCGAGGAACAGUUCUGAUCACGAGGCCACGGCGAUGAUGAAAGCACAAUUCAUGUCUCUAUGGGACGGGCUGAUCACGGACUGCAGCUGCACGGUUAUCAUUAUGGGCGCUACCAACAGACCUCAGGACUUGGAUAGGGCUAUUUUGAGGAGGAUGCCUGCUACGUUCCACGUUCCUAUGCCGAACGCUUCGCAACGCAGACAGGUUAUAAGGUUGAUUCUCGAAAACGAACCCGUAUCGGACGACGUCGACAUCGAAGUCUUGGCAAAAUCCACCGAAGGCUUCUCCGGUUCGGACUUGAGAGAACUGUGUCGAAACGCUUCAGUAUACAGAGUGAGAGAUUAUCUUCGGACGCACAUCGAGAGCCCACCCGGCAAAUCCUCCUCCAAAAACGACUCGGAAGACGAGUUCCACGACACCCUGAGACCGAUCACGAUGGAGGACUUGAAGUUUUCCUUCAAUAAAAUGAGAGAAAGCAAAAUGCAGUGCGGCUCUCUCCCUCUACAAACUAGAAUAGACCUCGACUAACUGUUGUUCAGUCGUUUAGAGCCGUUUGUGGGGGAUUUCGACGGGUACGUUAAUAGAUGCAAAAAUUUCGCAGCAAGUUUUAAAAAGUGCGGUACCUGUAGACGAUAGUAGUUAAUUAUAGACGUUGUGGAAGGACGUGGAUUGCUGAUAAAUUUCUGUACGUUUAAUAAGUUUGUAAUUGAAGAUUUCCACAUGCUCUUAAAAUGAAAUAUAAUUUGUAUGAUUAACUUUUUUUGUGAUAGUAUUUUCUUUAUUUUGUAUUAUAACUAUUAUUG